GCGACUGCUCGGUUUCUGUUGAUGUCAAAAAGUUACACAAGCCGAGGAGGGAGAGGUUUCACAACUGUCAACAGGGCUUCACACCUUCACCCGCCGGUUCCACCUGAGAGCAGGGAGCGCUUCUUCAGAGCAACACCAGCUGGCAGAGCCACCAGCGGGGGGUCGUUUUUAUCUCACCCUCUUUUUUUUAGUCUCUUUUCACCGUCACCGUGUGAUUUAUGCGACCCUCCGCCUAAUGCUCUUGGAGACCACUGAAUGCUAGGCAACGAGAGGCAUGUCAACGUGAUCUCCUCGACUCCGGGUCUCCAAAACAUCUGUCCGUGUCGUCCGUCCGUCUGGCCCGUGGAUCCGUGGUUGGCUCCCCGCCGCCUUCCCGCCGCUCUCUCUCACCCACCGAGGACCGCCGUGGCCCUGUUGGAUCGUCACCAUCUCGCAGCAUCUCAGCCAUGGAGCUCGGCUCUGUGAUCGUAACCACCGGGAGCUCGGUGGCCCUGUUCAAGCUGGUGAACGCGGGGAUCGGCAGGCUUCACAUCCCGGAGUCAGCCAGCAGGAAUUCGUGGAAAUGGAGAAAUAUCUCCACAUCGUUCGUGCACAGCUUCAUCACGGCGGUCUGGGCCGUGCUUUGCUUCUUCCGACAUCCACAGAUGGCUGAGGAUCUGAUAGAAACCCACUCUGUGUUUUCACAUUCUUUGGUGUCCCUUUCUAUUGGUUACUUCAUCUAUGACUUCCUUGACAUGGUGUGCAACCAGAAGCUGAGUGAAUCCUGGGAGCUUCUCUUCCACCACGUCGUGGUCAUCGCCUGCUUCGGCCUCUCCGUGGUGUCGUGUCGCUACGUGGGAUUCUCGGUGGUGGCCUUGCUGGUGGAGAUCAACUCGGUGUUCCUCCACCUCCGGCAGAUCCUGCGCAUGGCCAACAUGGCGGCGGGCACGCUCUACCGCGUCAACAGCAUCGUCAACCUGGGCACGUACGUAGUUUUCCGCAUCAACACGCUGGCUUGGAUGACCCGCUGGCUGGUGCUCAACAGGGACAACAUUCCCCUGCUGGCCUACACGCUGGGCAGCGUGGGCAUGGCCAUCAUGACCGUCAUGAACAUCAUCCUCUUCUGCCGGCUGCUCAGGAGCGACUUUUUAAAGAGCAGCACCCGGGAGGCCAAGAAGGAGAAGGAGAUGUAGAACUGCGCUCCGUUAGGACCUGGUGGCUCGGAUCCAGCCCCGUUUGAGAGACGGAGGUCUGUGCUGUAAAUGGAAGCGGACCUCCUCUGGCCUCGCUGGAGGAAACUUCUUCCCCUCAGCUGCGGGUUUGGCAUUAAAGCUUGUGUGCUUCAACCUCAUGAAGAGCGUAAGCCCUGUUAACGUGUUACUGAAUGCCUUAACAUCCCAACCUGAGCUUCAUCUUAAAAUGUAGCUGGGGAUGAGCACCACCUUUUACACAGAUCUUCACACAGCCACUGGGAGCAGAAAUGUAAAAUAUCUUUAGUAACAUCAUAAAUAUAUCACUUAAUUCAUCUAGUUUAUGCUUUGUAUGAUUUAUGCUGUUGAGGUUUUUUAUGUUGCUUUUACCCACUGAGUAGAUGAAUCAGUAGCGCCCUCUUAUGGUUUGACUUUGGCACUGCAGGGCUGAAUGUGUUUUCCACCAAAUGUCCUCAAUUAAAAACCGCCUGCUACCUCAGAACUGGUUGCUAGCUCCCGCUUUGCUGACAGUGUUGAUCACUGCUGAAAAUCUACAAAUGACUUGAAUCAAACAUGUACGUGCAGCGCCUGCUCUCCACAGGUAAAAAUGAAAGGUGUAAA